GUCGCGCCGCCGCCGCCGUCCGCCGUCACGGGCCGAGCUCGCUCGGAAUGCGCUGACCAGAGCCGAUAUUGAGGUGGUGCCGUGCCACCAUGACCGCCUCCUCGGCCGGCUGUCGCGCCAGCCUGCUCUGGAUCGCUCUGAUGGCCACACUGCCACCAGGGUCGAUUCAGGGGAAGAACGAGCGCCAGAUCCUGGAGAAGGUGAUGAAGGACUACAACACCUUGGAGCGUCCGGUGGCCAACGAGUCGCACCCAAUCGUCGUCAAGUUCGGCCUCACGCUCCAGCAGAUCUUGGAUGUGGAUGAAAAGAACCAGCUUCUAAUAAGUAACACUUGGUUAAAUCUGGAAUGGGACGACUACAACCUCCAAUGGGACCCGGAGGAAUUUGGAGGAGUCAACAAUCUGCACAUCCAUCCCAAAUAUUUGUGGAAGCCGGACGUCCUCAUGUACAACAGUGCCGAUGACAAAUUCGACGGCACGUACCCCACAAACGUGGUGGUGCAGCACAACGGCAGCUGUCUGUACGUGCCGCCGGGCAUCUUCAAGUCCACCUGUAAGAUCGACAUCACCUGGUUCCCGUUCGACGAGCAGAAGUGUACCAUGAAGUUCGGCUCGUGGACCUACGAUGGGUGGCAGUUGGAUUUGGUGAUGAGUGGAGAGGAAGGUGAUACUUCUAGCUUUAUACCCAACGGGGAGUGGGAUCUUUUAGGAUUACCGGGAAAGCGGAAUGUGAUAGUGUACGAAUGCUGUCCGACGCCCUACGUGGACAUCACGUUCACGAUACAGAUUCGCCGGAGAACGCUGUACUACUUCUCCACCCUCAUCAUCCCCUGUGUCCUCAUAUCCUCCAUGGCCCUGCUGGGCUUCACGCUCCCUCCCGACUCCGGAGAGAAACUCACGCUAGGAGUGACGAUUCUACUCUCUCUGACCGUGUUCUUGAACCUGGUCGCUGCCAUGAUGCCGAACACCAGCGACGCCGUGCCUCUGAUAGGCACCUACUUCAACUGUAUCAUGUUCAUGGUGGCGUCAUCGGUAGUGCUUACUGUGGUGGUGCUCAACUACCACCACAGGACGGCCGACACUCAUCGGAUGCCGCAGUGGAUAAGCACACUUUUCCUCAACUGGCUGCCAUGGUUCCUGCGCAUGUCGCGGCCCGGUCGCAAGAUCACCCUCAAGACCAUCAUGAUGAACAACAAGAUGAAGGAGCUGGAGCUGAAGGAGCGCUCGUCCAAGUCGCUGCUGGCCAACGUGCUGGAUAUGGAUGACGACUUCCGCGGCGGCCUGGCUCCGUCCGGGUACGCCGGCGGCCUCGAGUACACCCCGGCCAGCGGCUGCGUGGGCACCCACCGCGAGCUGCAGGCGCUGCUGCGCGAGCUGCGCUUCAUCACAGCGCGCAUCCGAAAGGAUGACGAGAUCCGGGACAUAAUCAGUGACUGGAAGUUCGCCGCCAUGGUGGUCGAUCGGUUCUGCCUGAUAGUGUUCACGCUGUUCACGCUGGUCGCCACUAUAGCCAUACUCUUGACUGCGCCUCAUAUUCUGGUGGCAUAGGCGGCGGGCGCAGGCGUGGAGGCGCAGGCGUGGAGGCGCAAGCGGUGGCGGCGACAGGCUCAAGAGGCCACGCGGACGGCGCGUGCGCCCCGGUGCAGACCCCCGCGCGUGUGUGGGUGUGGGUGUGCGUGCGUGUCGGCCCGACUGGACCACAAUUGGCUGCUUUCGACUCCACAUGGUGACCCAUUCGUACUGACACAUUGUUCAUUCAUUGAGUGGCGUGCGAGGCAGCGCGCCGGGUGUGAAAUGUGUGAGCGGCUGUGUGAGAUGUGUGAUGCUCCCCGAAUGAGGCGAGUGUAUCUCACUGUUAAUAUUACGAUAGGGUGGCUUGUAGAUGGUUAGAUGACAAUUAUAUGUCAUAGCCCUCUAAGAAUACGGUUGUGCCACGUCGCAUCAUCCCUUUUCCCCUUUCCCUGAUGAACAGAUGCGAAGGCGUUGACACUUGACUUCAAUAACCAGAACUUUGCCGAGUUUUCACAGAAGUGAAUUGACACAAAUUGAAAAUGUCAUCGACAUUUCCAAGUAAUCUUGCUUGAACCGUCCCAUCCAUACCUAUUGUCUAAUGCAUAUUUCCAGGUACUUUUUCACGAAUGAAAUACUUAUCAACUUAGGCAAAUAUAAUCGGAUGCCGUCACAACUUUACAAAUAUUUGCCAAACUUUUGAAACGUACGUACAUAUGGUCGCUUUGAUCAUCGAUAUACAAAAUUGUCAAUAAGUUUAGAAUGGUUCAGAACGAAGUGUCAAAAAGAUUACUCUACGAAGAUAUAAGGCGUUUCAUGUUAGAAUAUGUUCUACACCUAAUUAAAAUUAGGAAUCCCCUUUUGCUUAUGAUACUCAUUAUAUUAUGUAUUUGCUAAAACAUUGCAUUGGUUUAAUGUGUCUUUCCAUUUUCUUCCAAAUGUCGUCUUUGCUUUGCGCAAGAAAAAUAAGAUGUCUUGUACUUUAUGUAUGUACAAUGUACGUUGUACACAUAUUCCAAUUACGUUGGAAACCACAAUAUUUUGGAAUAUUAUUCCACGAUAUUUCUAAUAUAGCACGACGGCAUCCACAGCAUAACAUAUAUUGAAAUAAUCAACACAUUGUCAGCCGAAAUAUUCGAUCAUUAUUUUACUACAGUUAUUAAUUCAUUAUUUUCAAAAACUCAAUUCAUUUCUUGAAAGGACGAAAAAAAUAAUUUGUUGUGCUGUCAUUGCGUCGUUCAUCACCAAAUGUCCAUGUCAACAUUUAUUUUUCACAUAUCUCAGCAUAGUAUGUAUAUUUCAUAGACAAAACACCAUUUGCCCUACAGUAUUAUAAAGGCCAACUUGCUCACUGGCUCCCGAACUGGGGUGCAUAUCACGGCACCACGAGGCUUCCUGAUACGAGAGACGGGGCGAACGGGGUGCACACUACUCACGCUCAAUUAGUCAGACAUUCCGCGGAGACUGGUGGCGCCGGCGACCAGCUGUGUUCUGGUCAGUGGUCAGUGGCUGGUCAGUGGUCAGUGGUCAAUGGUCGGUGGCUGGUGAGCGUCUCCCGCUGACGAAACUUGUAUGUGGCCGGGCCGGGACUGCGGCCGGUCGGACGGUCGUAUUUUAUCUCCGCGAGCGUGGCCGCUGUCCCGCUGCUUCCUUCCGGCGGGGAUGUGAUCCGGAGGGUGUGAUCCGGAGGGUGUGAUCCGGAGGGUGUGAUCCGGAGGGUGUGAUCCGGGGGUCCUCCGGACCGGCCGGAUACCCGCCCUCCGGACCGGCCCGACACCCGUCGCCGGAACAACUCUGUGGUGAUCCGAGUGUCAUCGUUGAUUAACAUAUUGUUUAGGUGUGCUAACAAUGCCAACUUGACUAUUUCGUGUCUCUCAAACUUUGUGCAUGUGCUCUCUGUUUUUGAAAUGAAGCCAUUUCUACAAAU